AUGAAAGAUUCAGUUGGUAUAUGUCUUUCGAGCUAGCGGUUAUCUUUUCAAAGCUUCCUGUGUUCUCGUUGCGAAAGGGGUACAGAAAAGAUGAUGUAAAUAGAUUUUAGAAGAUUCCAUAGUCAUCAUUUUAAUCCACAAACGUUCGGCUAACAUGCCAGUCAUUAAAGAAGAUCGAGGAAGGGCAAUUUCAUAAGUCAUUACUAGUUGCACUCAUCAUGGAAACCAACUUUACAAAUACAACUCAUUUAUUUUCGGUGGAAUAUUAUUAUUUCACCGAAAACUCUGUGAACACCGUCGAUCAGAACGGGACUUCACCGCCUUUCCUCUCUUAUAAGAAUGUCUCAUGGUCAGGAUCCGCAAUAGGAGAUGAAGAAUGGGAAAACUACAACUACUGGAACGGCUCACAAUAUCCGAGUGGAUAUUCUCAAAUACGAAUAAUUUUGACUGCAUUUUUCGUGACAUUUAUAAUGGUAGUCAUUGUGGUUGGUAAUAUGCUCGUCUGUAUAGCAAUAGCUACCGAAAAAGCCCUGAAGACCGUUCAGAACUGGUUUAUUGCUUCUUUGGCAGUCUCGGACUUCUUAGUCGGACUAGUCAUCAUGCCGUUUUCUUUAGCCAAAGAACUCAUGGGGUACUGGAUAUUCGGUACCGUUUGGUGCGAUAUUCAUUCGGCUUUAGACGUUUUACUGUGUACGGCUUCCAUCAACAAUUUGUGUCUGAUAAGUUUAGACAGAUAUUGGUCCGUAACUCAGGCUGUAGAGUACCUUAAGAAAAGAACUGCCUCUCGAGCCGUCUUCAUGAUCUGUUUUGUGUGGAUUUUAUCUGCUCUUAUAUCAUUACCACCUUUAUUAGGAUGGAAGAAAGAAGAAAGACCUGAAGACUACCCUUCUUGCUCUUUAAGUGAUGACGUAGGUUAUGUACUGUACUCUGCUUUAGGCUCGUUUUAUAUACCAGCAAUAGUUAUGGUGUUCGUUUAUAUUAAAAUAUUUAUGGCUGCCAGAUCCAGGGCGAGAAGACAUGUCAAAAAGACUAGACAAGCAUCGGAAGUGACAAAUGAUCCGCCGAAGGACAAGUCCACUACUACUACGACUUGCACGAGCUUCAGUAAUCCUAGUCCACCAGAUAAGAGACGAGACACUGAUAUUUUCAGAUUCCCAGAUGUACCCAAGGUGAAUGGCAGUAAACGAGAAAGUCCAUCCGCACCCACCAUUUCAAACAUGCCCCACAUCAUCAUCGAAGCCUCACAAGAAAUGACAGAAUCUCCUCCUCCCUUCUUCUCGUCAGAAGGUCCCUCCAUCUCCCCAGCGGUGGCAGACGGAAUCCCUGAAGAUGAUGGAGAGGACGAUGACGAUCAAGCACGCGAAGCGGAGGAUGAGGAAGAAGACGAAUUCGAGGAGCACGUCACGCAUUCUAUUGUUCCUAGACGACUCACCAUUUCAUCCGAUCUGAAUGUUUAUUCUAACGACGGCAUCGUUUCCCCGCCGACCAAAAUGCCCAUGGUAGCUGUAGUUCUUGCAGAAUCUACGUCUCCUCGGUUCUUUCAUCAACAAGUUCGAAGGACCUCGAUCAAAACUUCAAGGGCUUCUGGAUUUGGAUCCAGUGCAUCCUUGUCAGAAGGCAAGGGGAGCGAUCCAGAGUCUACAGAAAUGUACAAGGCAUCACUAAAGAAGAAAAUCAGGAUCAAAGGAAGGUUGCCCUUGAGGCCCCACAGCCACUUAGCGGCCCGAGCUCUGCCAUCAGACGCCGAAAGACAAAAGAGGCGUCUUGCCAAGGCAAGGGAACGCAGGGCAACUCUCAUUCUGGGGCUCAUCAUGAUUGCCUUCAUUUUGGCCUGGCUGCCCUUCUUUGUCUUGUAUGUUUUGGAAGCUCUGUGCUCUUCCUGUCACAUUGAACCCACUGGUUUUGCAACAGCCUUUUGGUUAGGUUACUGUAAUUCUGCUUUAAACCCCAUCAUUUAUACUAUCUUCAACAGAGAUUUUCGGAGAGCUUUCAAAAAAAUUCUCUUGAAGUAAAUGGAAACAUUUGGAAUUGUCCGCAAAAGUAUCUGCAAAUACACUUUUUUAAUGAAAAACAAUUUUCUGCACUUUUAAAUAUGUUGUCUUCCACAAAACAGCUGCUAACAAAGUGCCUGUACAUCCAUCCUUUAACAUCACUUCCCUUGAUUUUUUUUUAGUAGAGUUAUGAUUUAAUUCACCAUACUGGUUAACUUCAUAUUGUUCCACACAGUACAAAAUUCAGAUGAUAUAAGACUUAAAUAUUGAGAUUAUCUGAAUGUUAACUAAU